AUUUAGGUGUCCGAACCAAGCAUAACACUGUGGUCAUGCUACAUGCAUACUACACUGCCUUGCACAGCGAUCAUGGUCGUCUCGGCUUCAGAGCGCGCUUUUUUGUAAACUUAUGCGUUUUGAGAACUCGCAGGAUGUUAAAACGGCAUUAACCUACUAAAUCGGGAUAGUGUCAUAGAAUGGUGCCAAAGGAAGUAUUUGUUGCCUGAUGUGAAUACAUCAUUGCACUAGUAAGGAUAAAGUAUACUGCAGGUGAGUUCCUACCAAGACAUAAUUUGCACCGAACGAACUGUAAACGACUGAAUCUGUCCAACAAAAUUCUUACAGAACAAGCUGGAUGAAAAUGAAUGGUACAGUUGGUAGAGGGUUGAAUGCAUUGAACGCAGCGUUACAUGUCAACGGUGUGGGUGAAUUAAACUCAACGAAAGCAGUGACACAAAUGAGCAAAAUUUGGAUGAUACCAUUUUUCGUUAUUUUAGUGGUUUUAAUUUACGUCGGUAACUGCAUAGUGCUCGUGGCAUACUGCAAAGUGAAAAGAUUACGGAAAAGUAACAGUGUUAUGAUGGUGCAGUUAACAGUUACGGACCUAGUUGCUGGCCUCACUCUCAUCUUUCAAGCAGUUACAGUAUCGUACGAUUACUUAUUUGAGGAUGUUCAUAUUUGUAUAUUAUGGUAUGCCCUGAUAUUUUUCCGCGGCAUGGCAUCAAUUCUUUCCCUUUUCAUGAUUACAGUGGACAGAUAUUUUGCAAUUACAAACCCACUAAAACACAUGUCACGUAACAAAACAGCGUGGUUCGUUGGCGUAGCUCUCUCAAUAUGGAUUCCAGCAUUUGUUCUUGGAUUCAUCAUGCCGAUUCUGUGGCAUAAGGACUGGUCAUUUGAAAAAGACAAAGAGUGUGAACUGCCCUUGGUCAUCCCAGAGAUCUAUAUAAGUUGGAUCGUGGUUCCAUUUUUUGUAAUUAACGCUGCUGGUAUAGUAUUCAUGUACAUAAGGAUAGAGCAUGCACAAAGGAAGUCAAUGUCGCGUGACAAGCACAAGAUGGCUAAACUAUCACGCACAGUUGCUCUUGUGCUGGCGUGUUUUUUCACGUGUUGGACACCUAUUAUAUUAAUGCUCGGCGUUCACAGUUACACCUACAUGAACUAUAAUCCCCUCACGUUGAAUAUUCGACUGGCACUCGCUCAGUUAACGGCUCUGAACUCUGCCGUGAAUCCUGUUAUUUACGUGAUCAGAUACCGGCAGUUUAGGAAGGCGUUUCUAGAGGCUGUUGGUAGUAAGAGAGUUCGUCCUGCCUCGAAGGUUACAGAGUCCAGUGCUCUGUGAUGCGCUGUCUCAUAAAGGAGAAGUCAGGAUUGAGCCUUUGCGCAUGCGUGCUGCAACCUCGGAUAAUUAAGAAAGAUGCACUUUUCCUCCGAACAUUAACUCUCUUUUUAGUGACAUUAACUUUACAGACAUUUAUCAUAUUUGCAAGGUUCUAACCUAGUUUAAAAAUCAAAAUAUGCUAAUUAAUAUGGCGAAAGAAGGACGAUUUUUAA